CUUUCCCUACACUCGUCAAUUGCACUGGCGACCCACAUCUCCUCCCAGAACAGCGAGUCCCUCGUCUGUGUGAUCCAGUCCUCGUAUAAACCACCCUAAGGUCCUUGGUCCCACCCAUCCCCCUUUGAGCUAUCGCUAUGUCGUCUCACAUCCCUACGGACGUCGAUCAGCUCAUCGACACCCUCACGGCCGACCAUGGCAAUGUCUAUGGUGGGGUCGCCUCUGCUACCUCUAUCAGCGCCACCUCCCCUGCCUCCCCUGGGGUUGCGGACCUUCUGCCCCUCAACAACGAACAGGUUGAGAGAGCCAGGGCGAUCCAUGGCAAUAAUAUCAUCAGUUUUGAAAACGAACAAGCUUGGUACAAACUACUGUUCCAUGCUCUGGUUCAUCCCUUCAAUAUCCUGCUUUGCAUCCUUGGUACCUCCACGAUCCUGACCGGCGACAACAACGGAGGCAGCAUCAUGUUCAUCAUGGUCGCAAUCUCGACUGGACUCCGUUUCUGGCAGGAGUGGAAAUCUGCUUCAGCUGCCAAGGCCCUCAAGUCCCUGGUGUCGACCAUGAUCACUGUUACCCGCCAGUAUUCCUGUCCUGAAGAUCGCGAUCCCACGCCAGAGGACGUGAUCAAGAUCUUAAACCACGCGACGGUUCAAACGGAUGUCCCCAUCGAGGAUAUUGUUCCUGGCGAUUGGGUCCAGCUUUCCGCUGGUGACUUGAUCCCAGCGGACGUCAAGAUCAUAGACUCGAAGGAUCUCUUUGUGUCUCAGGCUGCUCUGACUGGGGAGGCCAUACCUGUCGAGAAGUUCAGUGCUUAUUCAGAAGCCAUGGAUGCCCUGAACGCGAGACAGCAGAGUUCGUAUGAGGUCAUGGAAAGCAAAGUGGUUCCCUUGGACGCGUCUGCCAUCCUUAUUGACAAGAAUACCCGCUUUAAUGUGGUUGAGCUCGGACAGCGCUCGACUUUGCAGCCUCCCCCUGUUGCAGCCCCCACUGAUGACUACUCUCUCAAGGAUUCGCUCAUACGAAGUAUUUAUGCGUGCUUCGGUAUCCGCCGCAUCGAUCUCAGGAGCACUGCUGCAACCGGUGACGACGUCGACCUCAGUUGCCCUGACAUGUGCUACAUGGGCACGUCUGUCGUCUCGGGUACAGCCACGGUCCUGGUCGAAAAGACUGGCAUAAACACGUUCUUCGGUUCGAUGGCCAAGGAGUUGGCGAAGCGUCGCCCCGAGAAUGCCUUCCAAAUGGGCGUCCGCAACAUCUCAUGGGUGUUCUUCGGAAUCAUGGCUGUGAUGGUCCCUCCUGUGCUCCUGAUCAACGGUUUCGUGCACAAAAACUGGACCGAUGCUGUGCUCUUUGCCCUGUCUGUUGCCGUUGGUCUCACCCCCGAAAUGCUUCCCAUGAUUGUCAACUCGAACUUGGCUCGAGGCGCCUACUUGAUGUCCAAGAAGCACUGCAUCGUCAAGAACUUAGAUUCUAUUAUCAACCUCGGAUCGAUGGAUAUCCUCUGCACCGACAAGACUGGCACUCUGACGGAGAACAAAGUCGUCCUUGUUCGCCACCUCGACUACCACGGCAAGGCCUCCAUGCAUUCGCUCCAGCUUGCCUUCCUGAACUCGCGCUUCCAGACCGGCCUCAAGAACUUGCUCGAUGUCGCUGUCGUCGAAUAUUUUGAGAAGACGGCCUCUGCUCUGCCCAUGUAUGAAUCCGGCAACGGCAAGGACGUAGGAACGAACCUGAAGCCUGCUGCUGUAGCCUUUGCUGCUCGUUAUCUUAAGCAAGAUGAGAUUCCCUUCGAUUUCGUCCGGCGCCGCAUGUCGGUCGUGCUCCAGGACACCUCCACGUGCAUUACCAUGCUCAUCUCCAAGGGCGCCGUCGAGGAAAUGUUGAGUGUUUGCACCAAAAUUAUAAUCCCACGGAAUGGUAAACCGGCCUUUGACAUCCAGAUGGUUGAUAUUGAUGGUACUACCGCUACUCUCGACACGCUCGAGGAACUGGAGAGUGGCCAGAUCCACACUUUGACACCCGAAAUGGUCGCUCACAUCCUUGAGAUGAACAAGGAUCUGAAUAUCGAUGGUGUCCGGGUUGUCGCUGUAGCCUACCGAGACGUGGACAAGAUCAAGGAUAACUACGGCAUAUCUGAUGAAUGCGACAUGGUCUUCGCUGGCUUGAUUGGUUUCCUUGACCCUCCGAAGGGAUCGACCGGCCCUGCUAUAAAGGAACUCAUGACUCUCGGGGUCGAAAUCAAGGUCUUGACUGGCGACUCGGCUGCCGUCUGCCGCAAGGUUUGUCAGCAAAUCAACCUUCCUAUCAAGUCCGUUGUCACGACCGAAGACCUGAACGGUCUUGACGACGAGCAGAUUACCAAGGUUGCGCGCGAUGCGACCAUUUUUGCGAAGUUGACACCUCUGCAAAAGUCCUUGGUCGUCCGUGCCCUGAAGCGCUCUAACCGCGUCGUGGGCUUCCUCGGCGAUGGCAUCAACGACGCUCCCGCCUUGGCCGAGGCCGACGUUGGCAUCUCGGUCGACACUGCUACGGAUAUUGCCAAGGAAUCCGCAGAUGUGAUUCUGCUAGAGAAGUCGCUUGUUGUCGUUGCGGAUUCCGUUGUCGUGGGUCGGACCACCUACGGUAAUACCAUGAAGUACAUCAUGAUGGCCAUCUCCUCUAACUUUGGAAACGUGUUCUCGAUGUUGGUCGCGUCCUCCUGGCUGCCCUUCCUGCCCAUGCUUCCGAUCCAUAUUCUAGCCCAGAACCUACUCUAUGACAUUUCCCAGGUCACCAUCCCUUGGGACCAUAUGGAUAAGGAAUUUUUGAUGGUUCCGCACCGCUGGAACAUCCGUUCUAUCUUGCGCUUCAUGCUUUUCAUGGGUCCCUGGUCUUCGAUCUUUGAUAUCACAACCUUCCUGUUUGGUUGGUUCUACUUUGGUGUCCAGACUUCAGACGACCCACAGAAGGUUCUGCUCUUCCAAACGUCUUGGUUCACGGAGGGGGCUCUGUCACAGCUGCUUGUCAUCUACGUGAUCCGCUCACCCAAACUGGCAUUUGUGCAGACCAACGCUGCCCUUCCAGUGAUGGUUGGCACGGUGAUCAUCGCGACGAUUGUCCUGGUCCUUCCCUAUAUCCCAGUGUUCCGCGACAUACUAAGUUUCGUCACUCUCCCGGGCAUUUUCUACGCCUACCUGGUUGGCGCCUUGCUGUCGUACUUUAUUCUCACGCAAUUCGCCAAGAUGAUGUAUUUACGCCUCUUCCACAUGUGGUUCUAGAUAGCCUCAGUUAUUUCGUGUCCUGCAGAACUACCUCUCUGCAUUUUUUUUUUUAUGAACACCACCUUCGUUUUAUGUAUCGCCAUUGACUAUUGACUAUCGAAGAACAAUAAAAUCAUAUCUACGCACCUUCAUUUUCCCAAGCAUGACCCAAUGGCAGACAACCCUGCUUGGUCCGUUGUGUCCCUAAAAGGAAAGCCUCUUCCCCCAGACGACAGGCUCCCCAAAAAAAACGGACUCCCUCCACGGUCAAAAGAUGCAGGUUGAGUCAUCUGUCUCGGACAUAAUAAACACGGUCGUCAGUUAUGACAGCAUGGCGCCCCGGGAUGAUCCUGACAUGUCGACGAUAGCUAAAGAAAUAUUAAAAAAAGAACACGCAUCUAUCUAGAAACAUUAAGAGGGACGCCAACCCGGUUAGACAGCUGUUGCGUUUAAAAAUAAAUAAUGAAAACUAC